AUGCCGAUCCCGUCUGAAGUGCAGGGCAUUUUGGCAGUCUUCGUCUGCGGAUGCUUCGUCACCUUGAAUUUGAUUCUGUCCAAGUUGCUGCAGGGAUGGCAGUGGCCCUACUUCUUCCUGGCUGGCCUAUGCUCGCUUCUGAUCGUCUUGGGCCUCCAGGUCGUGAUGCUGGCAAGACAAGGCAUGGCUGCAUAUCACUGCCAGCGGAAGGAAAUCAAGUGGGUCCUUUCACGAGGCUUCUUCGGCUGUGGCAACAACGUUCUGAGCGUGUGUGCAGCUCUGGCGGGCGCGCCAAUGGGCAGCAUUGGAGUGCUGUGCAGCGUUAACACCGUCGUGGCUGCUCUCCUCGGGCGAGUGGUGCUAGGAGAGCCGCUGGGGAAGCUGCACAUGCUGUCCGUACUGUGCAGGCGCAGAAACUGGGCCUGGUGCCUACUUGGGCUAUGGCCUUGCACUGCUAUCCGGGGUCUCACUCGGCUGCAUGUUCAUCAGCGCGCGGAAGUCCAAAUCUGCUUCUCCCAUGGUGCUUACUACAUCAGCCAUGUCUUUUCGCUGUGUGGUCUGCUGGACUUUGGCAUGCGUUCCAGCAGCCAACAACGGCAGGCUGCAGAUUCUGGCAGACUCCCCAGGCUUUGCCAUCUUACUCUUCGUCGCCCUGCUCAUCGUCUUACUUGUCUGCAACCUGACGUCAAGCGCCGGCUCGCAGCUGUGCCCUGCUGCCAUCAGCGCAACGGUGAUGACUGCGACCAACAUGAGCACGGGUUACGCAGCAGACAUCCUCCUCUUCCACAAGAUUCCGAACCUGACGACCAUCCUCGGAGCUGCGAUGAUGCUGCUGGCGGUGGUGACAGUGGCCGUGGCAAGGUUGCCGCCCCGAAGUUCGGUGCCGAAUGCCGCAGAACACGAGCCGGAUCAAACGAGCAGAUCCACGACUAG